GUAAGGGGCGGAAGUGGAGCCCGGCUCGCUCCGCGGGAGAAUGUCCGCGGAGGGCCUGCGGGUUGGAAGGGCUCCGCUGUCGCGGGGCUUGGCGAAGCGCGUCUUGGUGACGGGAGGCGCCGGCUUCAUUGCUUCCCACGUGAUAGCUUUGCUUGUGGAAAAGUAUCCAAACUAUAUGAUCAUUAAUCUGGAUAAGCUGGACUACUGUGCAAGCUUAACAAAUCUUAAGACAGUUUCUGAGAAAGAAAACUACAAAUUUGUUCAGGGAGACAUCUGUGAACCCAAUUUCAUAAAAGAAUUAUUUGAGACUGAGAAAAUUGAUAUAGUGUUACAUUUUGCAGCUCAAACGCAUGUAGAUCUUUCAUUUUGGCACAAACUUGAGUUCAACUAUGUUAAUGUUUAUGGAACGUACGUUCUGCUUCGGGCUGCUUAUAAGGCUGAUGUGGAAAAGUUUGUGUAUGUCAGUACUGAUGAAGUUUAUGGAGGAAGUUGUGAUAAGCUUUUGCUGCAGGAAUUUGAUGAAUCCUCACCCAAACAACCAACAAAUCCUUAUGCAAUAUCUAAGGCAGCUGCUGAACGCUUUGUCCAGUCUUACUGGGAAAGAUAUCAGUUUCCAGUGGUUAUCACACGGAGCAGCAAUGUCUAUGGACCCCAUCAGUUUCCAGAAAAAGUUAUUCCUAAGUUCAUUUCUCUCUUGCAGCAGAAUAGAAAAUGUUGCAUUCAUGGUUCAGGACUUCAGAAAAGAAAUUUUCUUUAUGCUAGUGAUGUAGCGGAAGCAUUUCUUACCAUUCUGAAGAAGGGGCAGCCAGGUGAAAUCUACAACAUUGGGACUGGUUUUGCAAUGUCUAUUACACAGCUUGCAAAGGAAUUAAUCCACCUUAUUAAAAAUACUAGUUCAGAAGCCGAGAUAGAAUACUGGAUGGACUAUGUUAAAGACAGACCUACAAAUGACAUGGGAUAUCCAAUGAAUUCUGGAAAAAUGUAUAGCUUGGGCUGGAAGCCUAAGGUGUCUUGGAAGGAAGGAAUCAAGAAAACAAUUGAAUGGUAUCAAGAGAACUUCCACAACUGGAAAAAUCCAGAAAAGGCUUUGGAGCCAUUUCCUGUUGCUGGAGAAUCUGUAUGAAUUUGUAUGCAUCAGAGCUGGAAAGAAAAAAAGAAGGAGGAAAUCAUCCUACCUCAAGAACACAUUAAGGAAAAAAGACUUGAGUGGCUGAAGUUGAAGGCAUAUUGUAUUCAAGAAACAAGUAUCAGCCAAACUGAGAAGGAAAAUAGAAUGGAAGUUUUGAACUGUCAACGUAAUCCUCUUUGGGGCCAAAUUAAUUUAAUGAACACUCCAGUACUGAAGCUUUAAAAUGACAUUUCAAGACAAUGGGAUUAACUUCUUUUUCCUUAAAAGUGCACUUUAAAAUAGCUCUUUUGUAUCAUUACAAUAUUGUAUUAUCAGUAUUAUUAAAAUCUAGACAAUAUUUUAUACUUAAAAGGUAGGCAUACUUUUCAUCCUGGUUUACCAGAGGACAUGAAAAAAUCUGCUUGUUUUAAAAUACUGUCCUGUGGUGCUGUCUGAUGAUCCCAGAGCUGAACUGAAGAGAUAGGAUUUUCUCCACUUGCUCAACAGAAGCUAUGAUUUGUGGACAACAAAGUCUAUUUUAACAGAAUAACAAAAUAUAUUUCAAUUAUAU